GCCGGUGCCGGUAGCGGUGGCCCGGCCGCGCUGUCCCCGCCGGUCCCGGCCGCGCUGUCCCCGCCGGUGCCGGUAGCUGUGGCCCAGCCGCGCUGUCCCCGCCGGUGCCGGCAGCCGCGGCCCCGCCGUGUGCCGGCGGAAGCGGAAGGCGCCGCGGCCGGGCCCUUCCUGCGGGAAGCCCGAGCCGAGCCGGCAUGGGCGAGAGCACCAGCCCCAUCAGCGUGAUCCUGGUGAGCUCGGGCAGCCGCGGCAACAAGCUGCUGUUCCGCUUCCCGUUCCAGCGCGGCGCCGAGCACCCCGCCGCGCAGGACAACAAACCAAGGAGUCGAUAUGCUGUGAAUGGCUCUGGUGACACCACAGAAGAUCAAGAUGGGGACUCCAGAGACCAAUGUCCUCUAACUGAUGAGCAAUUGGUUUCAGGGUUUUCUGAUGUCAUCCUGGCAACAAUUUUGGCUACCAAGUCAGAUAUGUGUGGCAAAAAGUUUGAAUUGAAGAUUGAUAAUGUUCGCUUUGUUGGCCAUCCCACCUUGCUCCAGCAUGCCCUCGGGCAGGUAUCCAAAACUGACCCUUCACCAAAGAGAGAGAUGCCCACCAUGAUUCUGUUCAACGUGGUGUUUGCACUGAGGGCCAACGCGGACCCGUCUGUGAUCAGCUGCCUGCACAACCUGUCGCGCAGGAUCGCCAUCGUCCUGCAGCACGAGGAGCGCCGCUGCCAGUACCUCACCCGCGAGGCCAAGCUCAUCCUGGCCAUCCAGGACGAGGUGUCUGCCAUGGCAGAGACCACAGAAGGGCCCCAGUCACCUUUUCAUCACAUCCUACCCAAGUGCAAACUGGCCAGAGAUCUCAAAGAGACAUAUGACAGUCUCUGCACGACAGGGGUGGUUCGGUUACACAUCAACAACUGGCUGGAAGUGAGUUUCUGCCUUCCUCACAAAAUCCACUAUGUUGCCACCAACUUCAUACCCCCAGAAGCAAUCGAGAGGAGUCUGAAAUCUAUCAGGCCUUACCAUGCCUUAUUACUUUUAAAUGAUGAGAAGUCAUUGCUUAAUGAGCUCCCGUUGGACUGCUCUCCUGCCCUGGUGAGAGUAAUUAAAACUACCUCUGCUGUGAAGAAUUUGCAGCAACUGGCUCAAGAUGCUGACUUGGCAUUGCUGCAGGUUUUCCAGCUUGCAGCACAUCUUGUUUACUGGGGAAAAGCAAUUAUUAUUUAUCCCCUUUGUGAAAACAAUGUCUACAUGCUUUCUCCAAAUGCCAGUGUCUGCCUUUACUCUCCCCUGGCAGAUGCCUUCUCCUGUCAGUUCCGGGGUCACAACCUGCCCUCCAUGCUGGCCAAGUUCUCCCUCCCCGUGUCCCUCUCCGAGUUCAAGAACCCGCUGGCACCGCCUGUGCAGGAGACCCAGCUGAUCCAGAUGGUGAUCUGGAUGCUGCAGCACCGGCUGCUGAUCCAGCUGCACACCUACGUGUGCCUGAUGGUGCCCCCGAACGAGGAGGAGCUCCGGGCCCAGGAGGAGGACAUGCCCUUCACUGCCAGGGUUGGGGGACGGAGUCUGAGCACCCCCAACGCUCUCAGCUUUGGCUCUCCAACCAGCAGUGAUGACAUGACUCUGACAAGCCCUAGCAUGGAUAAUUCCAGUGCUGAGCUGAUACCUGGUGGGGACUCACCCCUAAAUAAGAGGAUGACAGAGAAUCUGCUGGCCAGCCUGCUGGAACACGAGCGGGAAGCCAUCCUGAACGUCCCAGCUGCCCAGAACCCCGAGGAUCUCCGCAUGUUUGCCAGGCUGCUGCACUACUUCCGAGGCCGGCACCACCUGGAGGAGAUCAUGUACAACGAGAACAUGCGGCGCUCGCAGCUGCUGAUGCUGUUUGACAAGUUCCGCAGCGUGCUGGUGGUCACCAGCCACGAGGACCCCGUCAUCUCAGUCUUCCAGUCGCUCCUCAAGUGACUCUGCUGCCACAGAGGGAGGAGCCUGCCACGCUCUCCAUGCUGAGUAUAAACUGAAGGAGGUGCUUUCAGUUCCUUCUUGCCAUGUGUCCCUGUCCGUGCCUCGAUGUCCCAGCUGUCCCCGAGGCUCCAGGGCCUGCUGCAGGACAGCAUGUGCUUGCUCAGCCUGGAUUCCUGCCCUGCCACGUUCACAGCCCUUCCCUGCUGCCCCCAGGGAUUGUCACACUGGGACAAGAGGGGUCUGCUGUGGUGCUGCUGGCAGAACUCACCUUUGGGGGGACACUGGUGCCCUGGGAGUGCUUCCUGUGCUCUCCAGUGUGGAGACUCAGCCAUGAGAGCCUGUCCCGUGGCACAGCAUGCAUGGCCUUGCUCCAGGGCACAGGGGAGCUGGCCUGGCUCCUAGGGAAAUGACCCUGGGCACCCAGGAAUUCUGUUUGAUCUCACAGGAGCGAGGACAGAGGUGGGAAGGCAAAGCAUCACAAGUAAACAUGAAAUCAUGAAUGAA